ACCCCAACAGGCAACCGUAGAAGAUUAGAAAGGAUGAUGAGCCUAUCCAUUGCCUCACCUUCAGGCUUCACUUCCAAGAUUAGCAUCUCCAAGUCCUCCUUCAAUGGCAUUAGGAUUCCUAAAAUCACUCUGGCGCGUGCACCCAACGCGUCCGUUUCGUCAUUGGUGGUGAAAAUGUCGAAGAGAGAAGAGGAAUUGAAGGAAAUAAGAACUAAAAGUACUGAAGAGCUUCAAGAAGAGAUUGUUGAUCUUAAAGGCGAGCUCUUUAUGCUUCGUCUUCAAAGGUCUGCUAGGAAUGAGUUUAAGUCCAGUGAGUUUCUCAGAAUGCGCAAAAGGAUUGCAAGGAUGCUUACAGUUAAAAGGGAGAGAGAGCUUGAAGAAGGGAUUAACAGGAGGAGAUCAAGGAAGCUUGACAAGAAAUGGAAGAAAAGCAUUGUCCCUAGACCACCCCCCUCUUUGAUUAAACUACGAGAGGAGGAGUCAGCAGAAGAAGCUAAGGAAUCUACCUGAUUUAAAGACACUUAAAUUAGCAGGCAAAUGUUGUAGUUUCUUUUCUCGCUUCUCCUCCCAUUUGGUUGCUUCCCCAUACGUAUAGUCGAUAACUGCUCCUGAGUUUUUGUAUUAGACCAACUUAAUUUGCAAGUGAUCAUUCUUACUAUGUUCUCAAUCAUUA